UUUUUUAUCAAUCUCAAUGUUUACCACAACAAAAUGUAUUAUACUCGUAUUUAUUUUGCAAUUUUCGGUUACGGCUUGCGAAGAGCAAAUUUUGGAUGCUAAGAAAACUCUCGUUUGGGGGCCAGGUCUAAAGCCGGAUGAUAUUGUCCUGCCAGCCAGAUAUUUUUUUAUUCAUGCUGUCGACAGGAGUGGGAACAAAUUUGUGUCGCGCACGCAUCUUGAUUUCAAAGUUGAGAUUAAUGGAAAUUCGCCACAUGGCAAAUGCCGAUCGAACAUAAAUCAAAUCGAUCGCGGAGAUGGAUCGACAAUUGUUCGUUAUACGAUCGCCGAUUGGUGUGAGAAUGUGGAGAUUGUUGUUCAGUAUAAUAACUCUCAAGUUGCACAAUCUCCGUAUUUAAUUCGCAACAAGGUGUACUCGGAGCAAUGCUACUGUCCGCAGGAGUUAAAUUUAUGGCUGCUGAACAAUGAUUGUUCGCCCUUUACUGCGGAUAAACAGAUAUCCUGGGAUCUGCACUCGUUUAAGAGAGUGAAUUUCAGCGCCAUACGGGAUAAUCUCUUGAAGCGCUAUAAUGCACCGGAGAGCAUUUCGUUGUGCCAUUAUGUUGUGAAGAACCAGCAGAUUUGGAGAACUUGCUAUGGAAAGUAUACUGGAUUUAAGAUGUUUAUGGAUGCAACGUUGUCGGCGCUAUCUCGAGUUGUUCUCCUGCCCGAUAUGGAGUUCUAUUUGAAUCUGGGUGACUGGCCGCUGUCGAAGAAGGGAGGGCAACAAAGGACAUCUGGACCAUAUCCUAUAUUUUCUUGGUGUGGAAGUGACGAUACUUAUGAUAUAACACUGCCCACAUAUGAUAUAACCCAGUCCACAGUUGAGAAUAUGGGGCGAGUUAUGCUGGAUAUGUUAUCAGUGCAAAAGGAUGUUUAUCCAUGGCAAGAGAAGGAUGAGAAGGCGUUCUUUCGUGGCCGUGAUUCGCGAAGAGAACGUUUACAACUCAUCGAUCUGGCUAGACAAUAUCCCGAUGCGAUAAAUGCGUCCAUUACGAAUUUCUUUUUCUUUCGCAAUGAAGAGGCUGAAUACGGUCCGAAGGUGCCGCACAUAUCAUUCAUGGACUUCUUUAAGUACAAAUAUCAAUUGAAUAUUGAUGGAGUUGUUGCGGCAUAUCGGUUUCCCUAUUUACUGGCGGGUGGAUCGUUAGUCUUCAAGCAAGACUCGCAUUAUUACGAGCAUUUUUAUAGCAAGCUAACGCCAUAUAAGCAUUAUGUGCCCAUAAAGCGUGAUCUCAGUGACGUAAUCGAAAAAAUUGCUUGGGCCAAAGAAAAUGAUUUACGUGUUAAGGAAAUUAUUGCAAAUGCACGAGCAUUUGUCGAUGAACACCUUUUGCCACAACAUAUCUAUUGUUAUCACGCAGUAUUAUUUAAGGAAUGGAGCACUCGACUGGUGGCACCUGUCGAGAUACUCCCAGGCAUGGAGAAACUUAAUUCUAGUUACACUUGCUCGUGCAAAGAAAAAUUGCCCAGAGAUGAGCUUUAGAUAUUACAAUUUGUAUUCCCAUUAUGAACCUCCUUUUGUAUCACAAAACACUUAGCAUGUUUAGGACAAUUUCUGUAUUUUGUA